GUCGCGAUGUCGGCGCUGGCAGCGAAUCCCAACAACCCCGUGGUUUUCUUCGAUGUAACCAUCGGCGGGCAGGAGGUCGGCCGCAUGAAGAUCGAGCUGUUCGCAGAUGUUGUACCCAAAACAGCAGAGAACUUCAGGCAGUUUUGUACAGGUGAAUUCAGGAAAGAUGGUGUCCCUAUAGGUUAUAAAGGAAGCACUUUCCACAGGGUAAUAAAGGAUUUCAUGAUCCAAGGAGGUGACUUCGUAAAUGGAGAUGGCACUGGAGUAGCCAGUAUAUAUAGAGGUCCUUUUGCAGAUGAAAAUUUCAAGCUGAAACACUCUGCUCCUGGCCUGCUUUCUAUGGCAAACAGUGGUCCGAGUACCAACGGCUGCCAGUUCUUCAUCACGUGCUCCAAGUGUGACUGGUUGGAUGGGAAACAUGUUGUGUUCGGUAAAAUUGUCGAUGGGCUGUUGGUCAUGAGAAAAAUUGAAAAUGUGCCAACAGGUCCUAAUAACAAACCCAAGUUGCCAGUUGUGAUCUCUCAGUGUGGGGAAAUGUGAAGCAAUGUAAAAGCAAUGUGGAGGCAGUUUGGACAAAAGCACAUACUCACAAUUUUUGACCUUCCAUUAAAUGAUAUCCAGAGAAAACUGGAAUUGCCCACAAUGUUCCUUCUUUUGUAAUAAAGUCUUAGAGACCUGCAGCACUUCAGACUCUUGGGAGCUCCUGCUGUUUGAUGAAGUGACAACAGGGAGUGUAAUCAUUCUUCCAUUCCCCUGGUACUUCUGGUGGCAUUUACAGGCUUUUGGAAAAAGCCUGCUAGCAAGGCUGUCCCUUUUCUUGCAGAGCUGUGCUGACGGGUCGGGUGCCCUUUAGGGUUGUACUCGGUCCCAGACUUUAUUAUCAUUUUAGUUUGGAGUACUGGAUCUCUGGCCAGUGCCCAGCUUGAGCCUGGAAGCUUUUCAUUCAUAAGUGCAAGGCUGGUGCCACCUUACUUAUUUCCCAGACAGGUCUUAGGAACAGUCUUGCUGCACUCUCAUGUCUCUCAUCUGACUGGGGACGAGAACAGCUUUUGCUUUGCCUGAUGUCAGACAGCCACAUCAGCUACUUGUCAAGAUCCUUGAAAAUCAGCUGGGAGAAACAGACACUGUUGCUUUAACUUCAGAAGUAGAUGCAGUUGCCUGGCAGGCAGACUCAGGAGGACUCCUGAGUUCUCUGGAUGAUGAAAGCUGGUGUGUGUAGCAACUGCCAUGCACUUAAAAUCGCUGUGUGGCCAACAGUGUCACUGCACAGGCUGGCUGUUGUAGGAUCUGUUGGCAAUGGCUGUUCAGCAUUUAGACUUACCUGUUUCUUCUUCCUUUCAGUGUUCCUUUACUGGUGAUUAGACCUGUGCUGGCUCUAUGCAAUUCGAAUUCCAGCCAGCUCACCUACUGCCCCAGACUUCUGCACAGGCCAGAUCCAUCCUCUUGAGGUUCUCCUGAAAUUAUUUAAUAAUGGGCAUCUUUUUUUUUCUUUUCUUUUUUUUUUUUUUUACAUUUUGAAAUGUAAAUAAAGAAUUUUUUAAACAUGUGCAGUACACAUCAAUUAACAUUAGUGGGAAUGGAUUCUUCUCUAGGCGAGAAGGGCUGUAACAUCUUCAGCAGCAUGCAUUAUCCC